UGACUCCACACACACUCUCUCUCUCCAACUUGAAACCCUACCUAUUACUCCACCAUUACCACUACACAUAAACAAAUUCAAACUACAAAAAAAUAUUAUAAAAAAAUAUAUCUAGUAGUACUAGAAGCGAAAGAGCCCUUCUCUCAUCUUCUCUUACAAUACAUCUUCACUAAUAAAAUUCCCUUCUUCUAGUACUCUCCAUUUCCCUUCCUCUUCCUCCUCUUCUUGUUGUUGUUCUUUCACUUUCUUACUCCAAAACAAAAAAUGGGUUCAACAAACCAAGACCCAAUUCACCACCAAACAACCCAAGUCCAUUUUCACCAUGAAGAAGAACAAGGACCAUAGUUUGGAGGGGGGGAGGGGUUCUUUUGUGUUGUAACAUUGGCUACAUUAUGGGGAAAGUGGGAAAUAGUGUUAAUGGAAGUGAAGAGGAACAAGGGAUAGGUACAAGUGGUGAGAAUGAAGAGCAAAAUGUAGAGAGGGGAUUUUAUUGUUUUGGAUGUAAAGGGAAUUUUGCUGUUACUAGGUUUAUCGGGUUUAGAUGUGUUUUUGUCCUUUUAUUAUCUGUUGCUGUUUUUCUUUCUGCUGUUUUUUGGUUGCCUCCUUUUCUACAUUUUGCAGAUCAGGGGAAUCUGGAUCUAGAUUACAGGAUUAAAGAUCAUGAUAUAGUAGCAAGCUUCCUAGUCAAAAAGCCAGUUUUCUUGCUGGAGGACAAGAUAUUGAAGCUUCAGGGUGAUAUUUUUGAUGAGAUGAGAGUUCCUAAUACCAAGGUGGUUAUCCUGUCUCUAGAACCCUUGGCUGGAUCAAACAGAACAAAGGUUGUGUUUGGGGUUGAUCCACUUGAAAAUGAUUCAAAAAUAUCAUCAACUGAUCAAAGUCUAAUCAGGGGCUCUUUUGUGUCUUUGGUUGUUAAUGAUUCAUCUCUCGAACUUACUAAGUCCUUGUUUGGAGAUGCAUCCUCUUUUGAGGUACUUAAAUUUCCUGGUGGAAUUACUAUUAUUCCACCACAGAGAGCUUUUCUUUUGCAGAAAGUGCAAAUACCAUUCAACUUCACCUUGAACUUCUCUAUUCUUCAAAUACGGGAAAAAUUUGCAGAGCUGAAAAGUCAACUGAAGGCAGGACUGCAUCUAACGCCCAUUGAGAACUUGUAUAUAGAAUUAUGGAAUUCACAAGGUUCAACGGUGUCUCCCCCUACCACUGUUAAAUCGUCAGUGCUGCUGGUAAUUGGGAAUACCCCCAGGUUAAAGCAACUGGCUCAAACUAUCAGGGGUAAUUCUAAGAAUCUUGGCCUGAAUAACACUAUUUUUGGUAGAGUGAAGCAAGUUCGUCUAUCAUCUAUAUUGCAACAUUCACUCCAUGGUGGUGAAGGCAGUGCCCCUUCACCUUCUCCUGCUUCUCUUCCUCACCACCACCAUCAACACCACCACCACCACCACCACCACCACCACCAUGGUGCCCAUGCUCCUGCAAUUUCACCUAUACCUCCACCUAAGAGAAGUGCACCUGCACCUGUUGAUGAUUCACCUGCCCCAUUGAAAAGUUCAUCUGCACCUCAUAACAACCAUGAAGCAAAUCCUCCUGGUUGUCAGUUUGGGCGCAAAAGAAGUUUCACAGGGAAUGGUGGAAAGAGGUCUCAUUUAGCCCCUUCAGUGGCACCUAGUAGUCCUCCUCACUUUGCUGCCUUGCCUCAACCCCACAAUGAUCGACCAGAAGUAUCACCAGCACCUUCAUCGAUUUCCCAAUCAAUUCCUGCAUCUAGUCCUUUGCCAAAUGUAGUUUUUGCCCAUGCUCAGCCACCAUCAAGGGGUAAAUCUGAUGAGCAUUCUGACACAAUGCUGUCAUUUUCACCUUCAUCAUCGCCAUCUUCAUCUUCUGCAGGUCUUCUCACUGUUCAAUGGGUACUAUCCCUAAUUGCUGUUGUAUUACAACUAUAACAAAAGAAAAGGGGAACAAUCUAUUUUCUAGUUAAAAUCACUGCUCUGGGAUUCAGAAUUCAAUUCAGACAGACCGAACAAACUGGAGGAGUUUAAGUGGGAGCAACGCAAAGGGCUUGCCUCCCAUCCUAGUGGAUAUAUGUCUUUCUUUCUUUUUUGUUUUCGUGCGUGUAAAUAUUUGAUUAAAAGUUCAGCAUACAGAUGCAUUUUGAGGUCAAAGUCACAGAGGUGGCAGGCCUUUGAUUGCAUUGCUGCUGUUUUGUGUAUUCUCUUCCGCAGAAAUGUAAGGAGGGAAAAAUGCCAAAAAAAAAAAAGAGAAGAGAACAAGUGUAUCAAAUUACCAUUUUGUAUCUCAUCCCUGCUAAGUCAAUCAGGUAUGAUUUUUGAUCC